UGGGCGCGCGGGAUGGGCGGCGGCCGGGGUAUAUAAAGCGCCGCCCCACGCGGCGCGCUUCAGCCUCACCUGGGGAGCGCGGAGCGGAGCAGCCCGGCGGCGGAGGAACGGAACAGAGCGGCAAAAUGUGCGACAAACCGGACCUGUCGGAGGUGGAGAAAUUCGAUAAGAAGAAGCUGAAAAAGACCAACACGGAGGAGAAGAACACGCUGCCCUCCAAGGAGACCAUCGAGCAGGAGAAGGAAUGCGUGAAGUCCUCCUAGAGCGAUGGUCUGGCAGGAAGAGCCACCACUUGAUUACUCUUGGUUUUUUUUUUUGCUUUGAGUUAAAUCAUCUGUCUUUGUUGUUUUUUUUUUUUUUUAAAAAAAAAAAAACUUCCAUCAUGUGCACGUCUAGAAAACAGCCGUAUCGCCUAAUAACCCACUGCCCCACCUCGCUGGCAGCUUUGGCGGGUGGGGGACACCGAGCGUGGCCCCCCCGGUCCAUCAGCCCAACCCAACCCCAUCGGUGCUGCCCUGCUGACCGUGCUGACCUUGCUCUGGUGCGUGGGGAGGUGAGCAAGGGCUGCGGAGGCUCCUGGGGACGGAGCUCUGCACUGGGGGAGUGGGAUCCUUCCUGGCCGGCCCUCGCCCUCGGUCUUGUCUCGCGUCCUUUUCACUGAUGGUGUUCUGUAGCCUCACUCACAAUUUUGUCUUCCUUGGGGGAAAAAAAAAAAAUAAUGAGAAGUUUAUUAUAAAAUAAAACAAAAGUAUAAAGA